AUGGCAAAAAUCCUUACGGUUUACACUUUUACUUUACUCGCUGCUGCAGUGGCCAGAGCAUCACCACAUUUUGGUUAUCACUACGAACGCAACUCCAAUGGAAAUACCGCAGCUAGUAAGGAAAGCAAUAGCUUCUUCAACACACCAGCGCUAAGCAAUACUAUUGGGAGUAGCCUAGUUAGUAAGGAAAGUAAUAGCUUCUUCAACACACCAGCGUUAAGCAAUACUAUUGGGAAUAGCGUAGUUAAUAAGGAAAGCCACAGUUUCUUCAAUACACCAACGCUUAGCAAUUCCUUGUCGGUACCAUUUCAAACGGAACACAAAGUUAAUAGUCAACAGUUUAAUGGUGACAAAUAUUUACCACCAGAAACUACAACACUUGCACCUAUAAUCACAAAACAAUUUUACUUGGUUUCUGCACCAGAUGAAGUUGAGGAAGUACAAAAAACGAAACAUUUUGUAAUUGGACGUCCACAGAAAAAUUAUCGUGUUGUAUUUAUCAAAGCACCUUCAUCGCAAAAUACUAAUCUAAAACUGAGUGCAGAGUAUGCGCCACAAGAAGAAAAGACUGUGAUCUAUGUACUAAGUAAAAAGGAUAAUGAAGUUAAUGUCGGAGAUAUAGCUACACCUCCACCAACACAAGCACCCAAACCAGAGGUGUUUUUCAUUAAAUAUAAAACUCAGGAGGAAGCAAGUGCUGCUCAAAAGGAAAUUCAAGAACAAUAUGACAGUUUAGGUGGCACCAGUGAAUUUUUAGAUCAAGGUAUACUUCCUGUGAAAUCAGUGAUUGGCUCAUUGGAUGGUCUGGCACCAAAUGGUGGCUAUGAUUAUAAAAAAGUACAAAAUGGUGCAAACUCUCCAAUAAAGGAUUUCCUACAACCUGCACGUUUUUAUUACUAA